UUCUUGAUUCAUAACAAGACCAACUUCAACCCAAAAAAAAUUAAUUUUAAUCAAAUUCUGCCGUAACUCUCGUGCAAUUUCUGUGUGUCAAAAACUCCCCGUGCAAAGAUGGAUAGCAAAGGACGCAAUGUGAUCGUUUGCGACAACGGAACAGGAUUUGUGAAAUGCGGAUAUGCCGGAAGCAACUUCCCCGCACACAUUUUCCCAUCAAUGGUUGGCCGUCCCAUCAUUCGAGCCGUCAACAAAAUCGGAGAUAUAGAAAUUAAGGAUUUAAUGGUUGGCGAUGAAGCCUCGUCACUCCGUAGCAUGCUGGAAGUCUCCUACCCGAUGGAGAAUGGCGUCGUGCGUAACUGGGAGGACAUGUGUCACGUAUGGGACUACACAUUUGGCCCGAAAAAGAUGAACAUCGACCCAAAAAACACGAAAAUCCUGCUAACGGAGCCCCCGAUGAAUCCGCUCAAGAAUCGCGAGAAAAUGAUCGAAGUCAUGUUCGAAAAAUACGAAUUCGAUUCGGCGUACAUUGCCAUCCAAGCCGUUCUCACACUUUACGCACAAGGCUUAAUUUCGGGCGUCGUCAUUGACUCGGGUGACGGCGUGACGCACAUUUGCCCGGUUUACGAGGAAUUCGCGUUGCCCCAUCUGACGCGACGACUCGACAUUGCCGGGCGCGAUAUCACGCGUUACUUGAUAAAACUUCUGCUGUUGCGUGGUUACGCUUUUAAUCAUUCCGCUGACUUUGAAACGGUCCGUAUGAUGAAGGAGAAAUUGUGUUACAUCGGUUACGACAUCGAGAUGGAACAAAAAUUGGCAUUGGAGACGACAGUGCUCGUUGAAUCGUACACGUUGCCCGAUGGAAGAGUGAUUAAAAUUGGAGGAGAGCGAUUUGAGGCGCCCGAAGCUCUUUUCCAGCCACAUUUGAUCAACGUUGAGGGGCAGGGAAUCGCAGAACUGGUUUUUUCGACGAUUCAAGCGGCGGAUAUCGAUAUGCGACCGGAGUUGUACAAGCAUAUUGUGUUGUCGGGUGGAUCGACGAUGUAUCCGGGGCUUCCGAGUCGCUUGGAGCGUGAGAUUAAACAAUUGUAUCUGGAAAGGGUUCUCAAGAAGGACAUUGAAAAAUUAUCCAAAUUCAAAAUCCGCAUCGAAGAUCCCCCGAGAAGGAAGGACAUGGUCUUCAUCGGAGGAGCUGUGCUUGCCGAAGUGACCAAAGAUCGCGAGCAAUUCUGGAUGUCACGACAAGAGUAUCUGGAACAAGGAUUGGGCGUCCUUAAGAAACUUAGUGCGAAAAAUUAGACUGACCUGAGGCAUUUUUUUUUCGUUUAUAAUAAUUUUUUAUACGAUUUUUUCUUUUUCACUAAAGAUUACUAUUAAUAUUAGAAAAAAAAAUUAUUCAAUAAUUUGUCUGACACUUACAAUGUAUUCUAAUCCUAUCGAAAAAUUAAUAAGUAUUAAAAAAGGAGUCAGUUGCGAUCAACUUACACACGUUAAUAAAUAAAAAUAUUCAGUACUUUGCUCAUUCCAG